UGUGGGCCUGUCGAAAAUGGCCGUCGUGCACUUUGAACAUUUUACUGCAGAAGAAACUCUGACAUUUCUGUGCCAUCGACGAGUGAUAACAAUCUAAAAACACGAGUAUAGACUGCUCUAACAUUUGUCCUACUGGUGUAGUUUUAAUCUGAUCCAAAUGCAGGCUGAAUUGACGAAGGAAUGCCUUUUUUUCGCAGGAAGACGGAUAAACCACAAACCAAACCACCUACACCACAGACAACACCGAAGCAGAAGAGGGGUGGCACACCACUAAGUCUGGCACCUGAUAGUCCUGAGAACAUACCUAAUGGAGACAUUACCAAUACAGGUACUGGUUUACCAACAACCUCCUCCACACAUGGAGAAAAUGGUGGUGCUCGACCAAAACAACUCCUCCCUAGGUCAGCAAGCUAUCAGGACUGCCAGACAGGUGACCUAGGUCAUGUCUCUUCCUUGCCAUUUGAUGAUGUAAUGAAAACCAAGUCAAGAUUAUCCAAAACGUUACAUGAGGUUUUACACGACCGUGACGCCCUGGCUUACUUCAUCCAGUACAUGAACAGUCGAGGUGGUGGACAUUUGAUCAAAUUUUGGUUGGAUGCAGAAAGUUUUCAGGCCUCGACAUGGACGAGGAUACGUUCUCAUUCGAUGAACUCUCUGAGCAAGAGCGCUGUUGCUAGUCGAUCAAGAUCAAACACAAGCAGUGAGAAUUCACAGGGUAGUCCGGAGAAUCCAACCAACCAGUCAUGCUCAUCAGUGCCAAAUGUCCCAGCGCAGGACCCUGGGUCAACCAGUGUCAGUCAUAGUGAUAAUGCUGCACCUCCAGGUUCAUUAAGCUCAGUUCCUGUGGAGGGGCAACUUAGCAAUAAUAACUCGGUGAAUGGUGAGCCCAAAAGUGGUGAUAAUAUACAAUCAAACAGUUCUGUUGUGUUUCUGGACUUGAUAAAUGAGGAUUUUCUUGGAGAAAAGCUUCGUAAAAGUAUUGAGAAGGAUGCUGUUAAUAUAUAUUCUCGGUAUAUAUCACUGGAUGCUACGCAGCCGAUAGGAAUUGAUGAGGAGAUGAGGAAUGCCACCAUCAGUAAGAUCUGUCGGGAAGAUGGUCAGGUGGAUGCACAUUGCUUCGUCGCCUGUCAGGAUCAUGUCUGUCUUGUCAUGGACAAAGAUUAUUUUCCUGACUUUCUCCGGAGUGAUUUUCACUGUAAACAUCAGAUAGAUGUGUUAACCAGUGGCAAGGUGUACUUACCUGACAUUCUUUACAAUGAUACUGCUAUGUUCUACUUCAUGGAGUACAUGGAAACAGAAGGUGCAAUAACUCUGCUUCAGUUCUUGAUGGUUGUUGAUAACUUUCAAGAACAUUUAUCUGCUCAGAAUGGUCGCUAUGAUGGCAUGCAGGCUCAGGAGGAUGCCAUGGUCCUUUAUGAAAAGUAUUUUUCUUUGCAAGCCUCGUCGCCAUUAGGUUUUGAUGAUAAAGUCAGGUUCGAGGUUGAGUCCAACAUCUGUCGAGAAGGUGGCCCGCUGCCAGAUUGUUUCCACAGACCCAGGGGCAUUGUGCUAACACACAUUAAUAAGCAUUACUUCCCACCUUUCAUUCAGAGUGAACUCUAUUACAAGUACUUGUCCGAGUUGAUCAACACGCUACAGACUAGUGAUGUACCAAAUCCACGUAAGAAAAGAUCUGGAAGUGAUGCUAGUUCAGAACACAGUAUAGGGGCCCAUAGCUCUGGUAGUAGCAUCGAGCCUGUCAGUGCCAAGAAUACCCUACUUGCUAUAGAUUCGACCGACCCGUUUUCUAAGACACUGAGUAAAUUAGGAGACGACCUGAGGAUCGAUACGUUACUGCUUACGAACCCAGAAAAUCUUUACCUCAGGCCAAACUCUGGUAAUAUGAGCCUUGGUAGGGUUGACGACAUUGGUCGAUUUGUGUCAGAAUUUGAUCCAGAACCAGAAAAAGACAAGAAGAAAGGGCUUCAAAUGUUUGAUUUCAUUGUAUCGUCUAAAUCAGGUGCUUCAUUCUUUACGAAGAAGAAACAAGAUAAGGACAAGGCUCAGGAAGCCAUGGCCUGGCAGAUUGCGCAGAUGAUAAUCAAUGAUGUCAAUCACAUGACAAAUUCAGUGACUGAGGACCACUCAUGAUAUUGUGUCAGGAGUUCCUGAUGUGUGCCAACAAAACCAACUGACUGAACCCGCUGCUACAUGGAACUUUAUGGAAUCAUGGAGCAGGCUGAGCCAAAGCACGUGGAGUCAUAAUUAAUCUUUGUGUAAAAAGAUGUGCUAGACUGUAGUAGCUAGAAUCCCAUGACGAUCUGCAUAAUUCUGCUCUAUGUGAGAGUGCAGAUAAGUAUAGACUCAGAAUCUGACUAUUUUUGAUGUGGUGAAUCGGUUUAAUAUGUUUAUUUGAGACAAGCACGGAUGUGGUAGCAAAUUUUGUGCCAUUGAUAGAAGACUCAACAGUAACGUUCUUAGAAACUCUUCUCUUGAGUUGAAAGCUUCUGGUACUUUUACUAUUUCUCAGCAGAAUACAAGUCUACUCAUCGGUGUUGUUGAAAUAUUUGAACAAAUAGAGUAGGCUUUAAAAUCCAAAUCAUUCCAAAUACUGACAAUUCCUUAGAUGAACCGACAGUCACUGCAUUCUGCGGGUGAAUUCAAUGAAAGAUUGCCUGAAAGUUUUAGCAUAAAUAUUCAGGUUUGAAUUAUUCAGUUGUUGUGUGAGUGAAGUCAUUCUCUGUCCAGUAGCAACAAUGUUGUCGAUUGUGAAGCUUCAUUCAUGACAUGACAGUCUCAUCAAUGUUAUCUGCAUGAACUCCCUCAAAUUUAUCAGUUGAAUGCUUGCCAUUGGGGUUCUUGUUUUGUUUAUCUUGAUCAUGUGGUAACUCAUAAACCAGGCAGUCAGGGUUAAGCAGUGCUCAGAGUUCUAGCAAUGGGUCAUAGGGAACAGUUUGAUGUACUCUCAGAUAGGGGAGAGACCCCUAUAAGAAAUGGUCACCAGGACGGAAAGUGCAUGUCAUAGAUUCAAAUUAUUAGUUGAAUGUGGAGGAAGAGAAUUUUCUUGGGAGGGUCUUGUUAUUUGAUAAACAGAGAGGACUCGCUUCCAUCCUGUUCAUUCAAGCUCGAGUUUAUUGUUAAUUCACAAUCUAUGGAGGGGAGAGAAGAAUAGAACUCAUCACCUUAGAUCUGUAUCAACAUAGAAUCCAGGACUUUUGUUUGAAUUUUGUACAAACCAGAUGAUUGAUAAAGCAGAUGUCCAUAUGUACAUUAAUGUUAUAGAAGUUGAAAUGUGUCCUUCAAUUAUCAGUACAAAUUGUGAAUAAUGUAUCUUGACUAUUUUUCUAUGAAAAUUAGAAUGUGAGAUGAUAGCAUAUCAUCAUAUCAUGCGGUAUAUCUGUAAAUAGAUGUAUUUUAAUCUUGAGAAUAAAUGUACAAAUGAUAUCAA